GCUGGUGUUGGCGCUCUGCAGCACACUGGCAAUGUUAUGUUCGACUACUUAACCGAACGUCGGGCUUGUGGGAAUCAGAAACACCACCACCGCCGUACGUGUAUUAUACUCUCCACUCGUUAUCUACAAACAUCGCUACACAUCUUAUCGCCAUGACAGCCACGAUGAAACAGAACUUCGGGGAGGCGACCCUUCACAUGCUCCAGCCGAAGGCACUCUUCAGCUUCGCAUCUCAGUCCUUGGGAUUUGUCACCCAGUCCCUCGGGUACCGGGACCCAGCUGCGUAUGCCAACGCUAACGAAGACGAUCCCUUUGGUCUGGACAUUCGCCAGAAGGACGAGGAGACCGGGCUAGACAUAUACUCGCUGAGUGAGGUGUCCCAGCACGAGACCUUCGACGACUGCUGGAUAGUCGUCUUUGAUAAGGUGUAUGAUGUAACCAGUUUCCUCCUGGAGCAUCCUGGGGGAGAGGAGGUGAUGCUGGAGAAUGCCGGCAGGGACGCCACCCUCGCCUUCCGCGCCGUCGGCCACUCUGCCCUUGCCGUGCGAGCCCUCGACGAGUACUUGGUAGGGAUCCUGUGCCACGGGGAGAGGAUCUACUCCAACGAAGACUCCUACCGGCGGGGUGACCGAUAAGGACACGCCACCAGACCAACAAGACUACCGGCAUUGCUCCAUCCCGGCAGGAUUGGUCAUCGUCAAGGAG